ACCUCAUGCCCAUACAACCAAAGAAAACCACAGCCCUGUAUGUUCGCGCGCGAAUAGGCUAAGAGCUCGCGGAAUACAAUACACUCGGAACACGGUGCUUAUAGGCCCUCGUUUGCCGGCGACCUCGGUUUGCUGCCUCAUCCAUCCUCCUGCAGCCCCGGCUGCCCUCCGCCGCCGCACCAAUGAACCAAAUCCCCGACGUGCUGUUCGCCGAUCAAGACUCUACUACCUGGCUGGUUGUCGGCGCAAGCAGAGGCAUUGGCCUCGAGUUCGUGCGCCAGCUGCUGGCUCGCGGUGAGCGCAUAAUUGCAACUGUCCGCGAACCAUGGGCUUCGCAUGCCUCAGGACUGUGGGGGCAGGCUGGCAGUGACCAUGGCCGCUGUCAAAUGUACAUCUGCGACAUUUUGUCCGAAGACAGCAUUGUCAAAUUCGUCGCCCAGUUGUCAGCCAUCCCGAACUUGAAGAUUGACUAUGUAGUACUGAACGCUGGAGUCCUAAGAUACCCCAAUAGAGCGACUGAAUUUUCCUUUGAGGAGUUUGCCUUUCAUCUUCACACUAAUACCAUCGGACCAAUAAUCACCGCACAAAAGCUUCUUCAGACUAAUAUCCCGAUUGGCACCAUUGUCUUCAUGUCCAGUGACUCUGGCUCGCAUGGCAACUUCCGCGAGAUGGAGGAUGGUUUCGCCGCAUACGCUGCAUCCAAGUCUGCUCUGAACAUGGCCAUACGCCAUAUGGCUGCAGAGCUUAAGAGGAAGGAUGACGACACGAUUAUACUGGCUAUGCACCCCGGGGAAGUAGCAACAGACAUGGCAAAUAUCAACGUUACCUGGGACGUCCAAGGAAUCAUUACUCCAGAAGAGUCAGUAGUGAAGAUGAUAGAUGUCAUUCAGAGCAAAGGCAUCCAGCAUAGCGGCACAUUUUGGACGUGGGAGAACAAGCCUUAUGUCUGGUAAGGUAGAUUCGGUAGAUGGAAUUAAUUGGGUGUCCUUUUCCUUUGCGCAGACGCAUUUUAGGAUAUCAUUAACUU